CCUCAUCUGGUCCGCGCGAGACCCUUGCGCAUCCAACGCCGAUCAUCAACAUCCAACGCCAACCAUCGACAUCCAAAAGCCACCAUCCUCACUGCACUCGCCAUGGAGACCGAACCGUCCACCACCGAGCUCCUCGCCGAUACCCAUCACCAGCUCGGCGUCGAGGAGCUCCUCCAUGACAACCCUCUCAGCCCAAACCAAUCCCAACCGCGCCAGCACAGUCGACCAUCGCAAGAAGCCGCCCUCGACGGCGGCGAGCCCCGCAUCGCCCAUAUGCGGAUUGACUCUGAGGAAAUGGUCAACCUCGACGUUGGGAAGGCUCCUGUUCCUGUGGACCAUGCCAGUCCGGUCGUCGACCCGGUCGAGCCUGCAGCCGAACCAGCCCCGGAGCUGCCUCCAAAGACGUUGCUCGGCUCGCUCGCCAAUAUCGCCUCCUUGGCCGAUAUUGGCUCCUUGGCCGAUAUCGCCUCUCUGGUUACCACGGCCCCGCCCGUCGCCAGCACAUCAUCCGCCGUCUUUGGCGGUGUUGCUGAUGGGCCUGCCCCCGAUGCACAGCUGCUCGCUCAGGAACCCGGCCGCCGUCCAGAAGUCGAGCAGGGCAGCGCCAGCACAGAGUUCACCCAACCUCCUGCUGCCUAUCCUCCAUUCCCUCCCCCUCCUGGGCCGCCGGCUGCUCUCAGCAUCCAGCCAGCGAUCCAGCCAGCGAUCCCAACGGUCCUGACGCCGAGCAGCUCGGCCACGCCGCACUCAACCCAUGUGCCCACUCCCUCUUCCAACACCACAGGCACGUCCUCACCAGGCCUGUCGAUCGUCUCGCUCGAGAAUGCAACCACCAGCGGCCAGCGCAAACCCCCGGUCGUCUUCGAUCCGCUGGCGUCGUCGACAAACUCUCCCCGAAUCACCAAGCCCGUCACAAGCCCGCUCCUGCAGCCCUUCACCAACUCGACACUGCGAUCCAUCGCCGAUCCGAGAUACAAUAUCCUGCCGACGCGCUACUUUAUCGAUCCCAAUAUCUUCUACGACAUCCCCGCGAUCGACCCCAUUUCCGAUGCCAUCGCAAAGAACAUGACUCCUGUCGAGGCCACCCGGAUACAGCGACGCUGCCUCAAAGCCUCGGACGUCAUCAAUGAGCCAAACCCCUUUGCAGCCUUGAUUCGGGCCAACAGCUGGCGAGCCGUGGCCCAGCUGGCGCGCCAGCGACUCGUCCAGACCCACCCCUUGCAUGUGGACGACGUCAUGGCGCUCUGGUUCGCACGGCUGGUCGCUCUCACGAAGCUGAGCCUCUUUGAACUGGCCUCGGCCGAGCUCGACAAGCUCGGCGACCUCAACUCGCCCAGUCUUCAGUUCGAAAAGUACCCCGAGUUCUUCCCCGGACGCCUGGGGCCGAUGGUGCACUUUGACAUCCUGGUUCUCCAGGCUCGGCUCUCUGCCCUCAAGGGCAACCACUCCGAGGCCCUGGCCAAGUACUACCAGCUCAUUUGUCGCCUGCGUAGGCAGAGUGUGCCCGAGUCGUCCGAGGCUCCCUCCGGCCAGGAUCCGUCGGCCGCGCGGGUUGUUGCGCUCGCGCGGGAAGGUCGUCUGCACUUGCUCAUUACAAACUCACUGCUCGCCCUCAAGGACUAUACGCUCGCUGUCGCCAACCUCAAGUCCAUCCUCUCUGUCCACAACACGGCCGAGCUCAAAUCGGCUCUGGGACGCAUCUAUCUGCUCUACGGCAACGUCCCGCUUGCGCGUGCCACCUUUGAGCAAGUCGAUCAGGAUAUUGCUGCCGUUGCCAGCGACACCGGUGCCACACAGGAGCCGGGCUCGGUGGACCUUGCCGCCGUCCGGUUGAUGAACUGGGGACUCUGCCAGAUGGCGCAGAGCCAGAUCCAAGACGCCAUCGCGACCUUCACGAGCCUGAUCACCCUCGAUCCUACCAACGCCACCGCCGUCAACAACCUGGCCAUCUGCCAGCUCUACGGCGGCAACGUCGGACAGGCCGUCUCGUUCCUGGAGAGUUGCGCCGUUGCCAUGCCGCAAAAGGCAGGCAUCUGCGAGCCCCUUGUCUUCAAUCUGGCGACUCUGUAUGAUCUGAUGGAUCUGAGUCUGGACCGAAAAAAGAAGCUUCUGGCUCAAGUGGUGGCCAAGCAUGGCGGCGACAACUUCAAGAUUGACCAAAUCAAGCUGUAGCCGACGGUCGGUGGCGAAUGCGCUGUGCGAUAUCCGCCGAUGUUGGCGAUGAUGAUAAUGAAGAUCGAUAGCUGGCCUUUGGAUGGGCAAGUGCGAAGGAGGGAAGGGAGAAUUGGGCUACCGACCCCCUUCGAUACACCAAUGCCGCCAGUAGAUCGAAUAUAUGAACAUCAUGAAACCGU